AUCUACCAGAUCACACAACAGCAACAACUUGAACGGAUUAUUGGUUCAUUUUUGGCUUUUCAGACAGCAGUUUUCUCGUCUCUUUCUUCUUCUUCUUCUUUUUUUCCAAACAUUUUCUCGGAGGGAAAAUGACUAUCCUCAUCGAGAAGCCUGCGCUAGUGUCUCAAGCAGAUUCCCAGAAUCUUGUCGAGGAAACCAAGGAAUUGGUGUUGGACGGUGGAUUUCCGGUGCCGAAAUCUUUAUCGGGAGAUGGAUUUUUUGCACCGGAGAUCAAUUCAUUCGGCAACUCCUUUAGGGAUUACAAUGCAGAAAGUGAAAGGCAAAAGAGCGUGGAGGAAUUCUACAGACAGCAACAUAUUAAUCAGACAUAUGAUUUUGUGCAAAAGGUGAGAAAAGAAUAUUCAAAGCUGGAUAGGAUGGAAAUGAGCAUAUGGGAAUGCUGUGAGUUGUUGAAUGAGGUUGUGGAUGACAGUGACCCUGAUCUGGAUGAACCUCAAAUCCAGCACUUGUUGCAAUCGUCUGAAGCAAUUAGAAAAGAUUACCCCAAUGAAGAUUGGCUGCAUUUGACUGCUCUCAUUCACGAUCUUGGUAAGGUCCUUCUUCUACCCAAGUUUGGAGGGCUUCCACAAUGGGCUGUUGUUGGCGAUACAUUUCCUCUUGGGUGUGCCUUUGACGAAGCCAAUAUUCACCACAAGUAUUUUAAGGAAAACCCAGAUCACAGCAAUCCCAAUUACAAAAGUAAGAACGGAAUUUACUCCGAUGGCUGUGGGCUUGAUAAUGUUACCAUUUCAUGGGGGCAUGAUGAUUACAUGUAUUUGGUGGCAAAGGAAAAUGGAACCACUCUACCUUCGGCAGGGCUGUUCAUUAUCCGAUAUCAUUCACUUUAUCCUUUACAUAAGGAAGAAGCAUACAUGCAGUUUCUUAACGAUGAGGACAAGGAAAAUUUGAAGUGGCUGAGAAUCUUCAACAAAUAUGACCUCUACAGCAAGAGCAAAGUCCCUGUUGACGUUGAGGAAGUGAAGCCGUAUUAUCUUUCACUUAUUGAAAAGUAUUUCCCAGCAAAGCUCAAGUGGUGAUACCUUGGAAAGAUAUUGGCAAAUCAAUGGCGGCUUGGCGCUCUUGGUUUUCUUCACCAAACUUAAUAAUUUAUUUUAUGAUGAGUUGUGUAAAA